UCAUUCACAGAGCCAGGGGAGAGCUCUUGCCCAUCUAUCUACAUUCAGCUAUCCCUGACCAGCCAAUAGCACGGCUACUAGCUAACAACAGAAUAUUAUGAUACGCCAUGAUCUCAGAGGAACCAGGACAGGAGAGCUCAAGGCACCAUUGCAGGGCCAGCCUUCCUCUGCUUUUGCAGAGAAGCAGCAGCAGGUCAUGUGUCCAUCAAGAGCUGGAAAUGGGACCUACCACGGAAAGAGGGAGAUGGCAGUUUGGGCCUUACCUAAGUUGAGCAGUGUCUCUGAUCCAAGUCUGUUCCGAAUCACCUUGGCGGCCACACUGUUGGCUACUGUUCUUGGAAAUUGUGGACCCCCACCCUAUUUAGACUUUGCCUUACCAGUAAAGGAGAUAGAUCAGGAAGACUUCGACACGGGAACUAUUCUGAAAUACACUUGCCGGCUUGGCUACAGUAAGACCAGCUCAAAUUUGAAUCUUGUCUGCAGCAGGGACAACACGUGGAAAUACGGUGAAUUCUGUGUCAAGAAACGGUGCCAAAAUCCAGGAGAUUUGCCUAAUGGCCAAAUAGAAAUCAAGACAGACUUCUCUUUUGGAUCACAAAUACAUUUUAGCUGUUCAGAAGGAUACAUGUUAACUGGCCCAGCGACAAGUUUCUGUGAGAUCCAAGAUAGAGGAGUUGGCUGGAGCGAUCCUCUCCCUGUAUGUGUAAGUGUCAUAUGCGAGCCUCCUCCGGUCAUCAGCAACGGGAAGCACAAUGGUGGAGAUGAAGAUGUCUUCACCUAUGGCUCCUCAGUCACCUACAGCUGUGACCCCAACUUCUCACUCAUAGGCAAUGCCUCCAUUUCCUGCUCCGUGGUGAAUAAAACUAUAGGUAUCUGGAGCCCGGACCCUCCUACCUGUAAAAAGAUCAGCUGUCCUCAGCCAGAUGUUCCACAUGGAAAGAUUGUCUCUGGAUUUGCACCCGUUUAUUCUUACAAACGCUCUAUUUUGUUCACCUGCCAGAAAGGUUUUACCCUCAGAGGCGACAGUAUAAUACAUUGUCAAGCUGAUGGCAAGUGGAAUCCUUCUCCUCCCAUCUGUACGCCCAAUAGUUGCUUAGGCCUACCAGACAUUCCACGUGCUUCCUGGAUAGAGUAUUAUAAACUUAGAGAAGAUAAUAUACAUCAGGUUGGGACUAGAUUAACUUAUCGGUGCAAUUUUGGCUAUAAACCUGCUGGAAAUGAGCCGAUGACUGUGGUUUGUCAGAAAAAUUUCAAGUGGAGUCCAUUCAAUGGGUGUAAAAAGAUAUGUUGUCCAGUACCACCUCUGAAAAAUGUGAAAACCAUUAAUCAUACAGAAACUCACCUUGACACAGGCUGUACUUACUUCUAUGAAGAUGUCGUGUCAUAUACAUGUAAUGGGGGGAAAAUGGUUUCAGCAACAUGCCAAGCAGAUGGCACAUGGCAGCCUCGAAUACCAUCAUGUGAUCACAAUUGCCAAUUUCCUCCUAAAAUUGCCCAUGGAGUGUACAAACUCAGUCACGGAUUCUAUAGCGCCACGGAGGCUACAUACACAUGUGAAGAAGGAUACAAUCUGAUUGGAGCAGCAACACUAACCUGUGGCAACUGGCAGUGGUUACCGGCAGCCCCCGAGUGUAAAGCUCAAUGUCAGAAGCCACAGAUAGAAAAUGGAAAGGUGUCUGUGAAUAAGGCUCAGUAUGUUGAACCUGAAAGUGUCACCAUCCACUGUGACUCUGGCUUCUCCAUGGUGGGUCCCCAAAGUAUCUCUUGCUCAGAGAAUGGAACCUGGUAUCCGAGGGUGCCUAGGUGUGAGUGGGAUGUUCCUGAAGGCUGUGAGCAAGUGCUGGAGGGCAGAAAAUUCAUGCACUGCCUCCCAAGUGCAGAGGAGGUGAAAAUGGCCCUGGAGAUAUAUAAACUAUCUCUGGAGAUUGAGCUGCUGGAACUACAGAGAGACAAGGCAAGACAACCAGUCCUGGAGCCAUCACCAUGAUUUUCCUGUGAGGGAGGAAAGGUGUCUGGAUGGCGGGCCGCCUUGAAUCCCACAUGGGCCACUUCCACUUAGAGACUCCUGUCACUGAGUGAGAAGUAGCUGCCAUAAUAAAUAUCUAGAAACGA